AUGGACGUAUAUCCGGAGGCGCUGGAGAUCGGCCCCUUCUCAGGGCUCGCAGCCCUCCACAAGAACAGCUCUCAAGUGGAGGGGAGCUUGGUGGGGUCAGGGUCUUGCCUCUCUCACGUGCGCGGCUUCGACGGCCUGCCGACCUACGUUGAGAUGAAUGAGAUCCUCAGCGAGUGCGAGGCUGAGGAGGGCGACCGCUGCGACAUCCCGAUUGCUGACAGCGGGGGCCAGCUGGUCGCCGCAGGGUUCGCCGGGGGCUCUGGCGUUCUUCCCAAGCCCGGCCGCGGCGCCUGGAGGGCUCUCGCCUCCUCGCGCGGCGGCCUUCGAGGGGAGGUCGGAGCCGUCGAGUGGGACCAGUACGUGUUGGCUGAGAGCCUCGGCCUGGGCCGCUCUGGUGGCGAGUUUGUGCUAUUCAAGUGCUUCAACGAUGAGGAUCACGGCAUGGGCGACCUUGUUGACUUCGAGGAGCGUCCUGAGGUCGGGGGCACGUCAACGCCCCGCGAGCUCGACGCCCGAGCGUUGACCGUGACGCGCGACGGGAACGGGAUCCGCUUCCAAGAUUUCAGAGAGGGCGUGAACCAGAUCUCCAGCUCGGACUGGGGUGGGUGGCCGCUCUCUGGCCCUCGGACGGUGCAAUGGUGCUGCAACUACAUCCUCCAGACCGACGGCCACCCUCGCGCCCGCCACACUCGGUGGAAGAGGGGUGCGGGCCUAGGCGCGGGGGACAUCGGAGUCGCAGAGCACGAGGUCGCGAUGCGCUGCCUGGAGAAUGCGAUCUCCUACGAUCAGCUCAACGUGGGCGAGCUCGCCUGCAUGGAGCUGUUGCUCAGGCGGGCCCAGCUGUCGGAGCUGAAGCACAAGGGGCGCUUGCUGCAGGUGGGCGCUGCCAACGACUACGGCGCCGACGAGUACCUGUACAUGGGCACGAACGCCACGAGGGGCCAGGUGAUGGUGGCGCCCGAGCUCGAGGAGUUCGUGUCAUCACAACUUCAGAAGGAGGGGUCCGUGCUGAAGGAGAGGAGGAAGCUCAUAGAGGAGCGCUCAGGCGAGGGGGCGGGGCAGCUGCUCCAGUGCAUCUCGGCUUGUGUGCCCGGCUUGGCUGCUCGACCUUGCUGGGUUUCUGACAGAGCAGGCUGCGUUCGCAGCCAGCACCUCGUGGGCCUCCCCAUGAACGUGCCUCGGGAGCUCUUCCCUCUUCCCCUUCCGUUUCCUGAUUCCAGUGGCAACGACUUCUUGGACAGCUCGGCUGCUUGUCGCGCGGUCCGUCGACGAGCCAACGCGAGUGCUAAUUGGCGUUUGUGGGCCAACGAGACGACGAGGAGCCUCAGCCGCAUGCGCGGCUGCUCGGACUUCGACUCGACGGUCUACAAGCCGUCGGUCGGCCAGCUGAAGAUUUUGGAGCGGAUCUCCGAUCUGGGCCUUUCAUGGGCUUUGCGGCGCCCGAGCGGGGCCUGGUUACGACCUGGUCGACGCCCCGAGGGCGAGGAGCCGGCCUCUGAUGACAGUGUCCCCGAGAAGCCUCAUUCGGACUCUGCCUUAAUUCACAACAAGUGGGAGUACGCUAGAUUUUGCUCAUCGUUGUUCAACGCUAACAUGUUGGAGGUUGGUGACUACGAGGAGCCGGCCGUCGGAGUCUUCUUUGUGCUGAAGAAGGAUCGCUCUCUCAGACUUAUCCUGGACACUCGGUGUGUCGACAGUCUCUUCGUGAAGCCGAAGCAUGCGCAUUUACCAUUGCCAGCGGCCUGGGCGGCCGUCCGCACCAGGGCUGACGCUCCACUCUACCUCGCUCAGAUGGACGUCAACAGUGCCUUUUUCAGAGUGCGUGCACCUCCUGGGCUCAGCAAGUUUUUUCGGUUGCCGCCUGUCGACGUGGACGCCCAGCGCGCAGUGAAUCCUACUGCUGCCCAGGGCCUCUCGGGCAAGAGGGCCACCCCGCGUCUAAGCGUGCUUGCUAUGGGCUGGUCUUGGUCAUUGUAUUUCUGUCAGGAGAUGGUGAGCACGGCCACCAUGUCUGCUGGUUUCUUGGAUUCGGACAUGUUGCUUGACAAGCGCGAGAGCCCCAACUUUCGGGAGCUCGAGCUGAGCACCACCAAGGCCGCCGUCUAUGUGGACAACGUCGGCGUCUUCGGCCAGGACAAGUCCAGCGUCGACAACCAGAGCCAUGAGGUCCUCUCUGCUCUGGAGCGCGCAGGGCUAGCCUGCAAGGGCGUCGAGCGCGCGGGGGGCCAGCAGGAGUUCACAGGGCUUGUGAUAGACUCCACCUCAGGUACCAUUUUUAGGAGCUGCCCCAAGGCCCCGGCGCUGCCGCCAGCCGGCUGGCGCUGCGGGCGCGCGGCAGCCCUGCUGCUGAUCCUCGUGGUGGCGGCCGAGGCCGCCAACGCCGACCACGAGGCCGAGUCCGCGUACUUCGACGACAUGUCGGACGUGGACAUGCGGGCGCUCUGGCUCGACGGCACGUUGGCCCCCACCUCCGUGGACACGCCGCCGCUCGGAGCGCACCCAGCAGGCGAUGCCGCCCGGGCGCUCCACGACAACCCCACGGGAGUUGGGUUCCUCACGGGGCUGCGGCGCCGAGCUCGGCGGAGCCCGGCUCCGCGGAGCCGCGCGCCGGAGCGUGCAGCUGCAGCUCCAGCCCGGAGUCGCACGCCAGAGCGCUCCGCCCCGACGACCUCUGCUCCAGAGGCGCCCGCCAGCCCUGGCGACCCCGUCCCGGCGCCGGCUGGGCCGCCGAGCGUGCGCUUCGAAGCGCCGCCGGUUCCAGAGUCCCCCAAGCCGCCUACUUCGCCACCCAUGCCUCUCGGGCGAUACUUCAUCGCACGGGCGAAGGUACAUUGGCCAGAAGGAGCGCAGUGGAUGAUUUUCAGAGGGAGGGCGGCUGACGCCGCCGCGGCCAGCGCAGUGGCUGAAUACCUCGACGGCGCGUUGGCCCUCGAGGUGGAAGACCCGACCGGCCCCGCCAUCCGCUUUCUCGUGAAGCCUGAGAUGCUCCACCACGCGCCCAUGGGCUGCGAGGAGCUCGGCAUCAGCGUCUCGGCGACCAACGUGCCCGAGAAGGUCUGGCACAAGCUGGCGGCGUGGCACGGGCUCCCCGUAGGUGGGCGAGCUGGGCCGCUCAGCGAGGCUCGCUGGCGGCUGCUCCGUGAGAAGGUGGUCAGGUGGCACCCCGAGGGAGGCGUGGCGCCCAGCCCGAGCUUCGAAGCGCGAGCUGCAGAGGGGCCGCCGGCCACCCAGGCCGACAGCGCGCCCCUGUUCGAAGCGCGGCCGCCCCUCUCGCCAGCCGCCGCCCCGCCAGCUCUCACUCUCGGGCCACGGGGCGCCGGCCUCCCAGCCCCCGCGGCUGGGCUGGCCCCGGUCGUCCGCCCGCAGGCUCCGAACAUCGGGGCCCUGUUCCGCUACGACCAGCACAUCAGCGACUUGGGCCUACCCCCAGGUCUGACCACAGCUCCAGCGCGCUACGCCGCGGGGGCCCCGGAGGAGGGCGGGGGCAGCGACCCGUUCGGCCUCGCGCAUUCCGGAGCAACCCUGGACGCGAACACCGCGAGGAUGCUCCACGCCUUGGAAGGU